AUGAAGUUGAGUGGGAAAGGACUGUGCACCGUCUUCUCCAGCACCCUCCUCUUCGUGUGCGCCCUGAGCGAAGUUGUCGUUGGAUUAAGAUGCGUCUCUCUGGGAUCUACGGUCAAAGCGCAUUUCCACCUCGGCGCCGCGGCCGGAGCUUUCUACUCCGGGCUAUUUGUGGGAAUCGGGCAAGUCCUGCUGGGCACCGCUCUGCUCUGUUGCAUGGAGAAGCCCGGCUGCAGGAAUUUCUUUCUCCUCGGUGUAGUUGUCUUCUUGUUGGGAGUCCUCACCGCCUUCUCCGGCGCUGUGGUGGACGGGGACACGGCUUCUCUGGUGGAGAGGAAAUAUUCCCAUUACUGCUUCCACUCUGUGGUUGUGAACCCUGCCUGCGAGCAGCUGAGGGAUUACCAGCGGAGUCUGGUCAUCUCCACUGUUCUCAGCACCUUGGAGUGCCUCCUCGGGCUCAUCAACCUGGUGAUCAUCAAAAGGUACAAAACAGAGCAGUUUUCUAGGAGCAGACAGUCACAGAGGCAGAGCGCCGGGGCGAUCAUCUUCAGAGAGGAGCGGGACUGCUCCUCGGUGGAUUUCCAGCCGGUGUCUUACAUCAAUUUGGGUGUUUUUAAUGUGUUUGACGAGACAGGUGCAGAAGUGCAGUGCGGGGGACACCCGUCCAUCGAGCUGCCGGGAUACUCGCCCACGGACCCGGAGCUCAAUCAUUGCUUCCCUUUCUCCUACCCGCUCCCCAGUGAACUACCGCCUGCAUACGAAGACAUCUUCCCCGCUGAGGCAUGCAACACAUAG